AUGUAGUUCCCCAACAUAGACAUUAACUUCAAGUUCAACUUGAUGCAUCACAGUUUGUCUUCAAUGUUAUUAGCUUAGACCUUUCUAUACUAUGCAGUAAAAUCCAUGAGAUUUCAUUGAGUUGGAUGCUAAGAUAAAGAUGGAUGUGAAAAACUCCCUCCAAAUAACUAGAAGUUCUUCCUGUGAUUAUGAUGAUGAUGGACAUGCCAAGAGGACUGGAACUUUAAGGAGUGCUGUGGCUCAUAUCAUCACAGCUGUUAUUGGUUCUGGUGUUCUGUCUCUUGCAUGGAGUACUUCUCAAUUAGGAUGGAUUGGGGGGCCAGUUGCCUUGCUUUGUUUUGCAAUUGUAACCUAUAUUUCUUCAUUCCUCAUGUCUGAUUGUUACAGAAAUCCUGAUCCUGUAACUGGGAAAAGAAACUACAGUUACAUGGAUGCUGUUAGGGUCAAUCUUGGUAAGAGAAGGACAUUUUUGGCUGGUUUCCUUCAAUUUUUGACCUUGUAUGGGACUAGUAUCGCUUAUGUAAUUACCACAGCAAAUAGUUUGAGAGCGAUUCUGAGAUCAAAUUGUUAUCACAAGGAAGGGCAUCAGGCUCCUUGUGGUUAUGGGGGUAAUUUGUAUAUGAUGCUGUUUGGACUUGUUCAGGUUGUAAUGUCAUUCAUACCAGAUCUCCACAACAUGACAUGGGUUUCAGUUGUUGCUGCACUUAUGUCCUUUACAUACUCUUUCAUUGGACUAGGACUUGGCAUAGCAACAGUCAUAGAAAAUGGAAAAAUUAUGGGGAGCAUAACAGGAGUACCAGCUGCUAAUAUUGCUGACAAAAUAUGGUUAAUCUUCCAAGCACUUGGUGACAUUGCCUUUGCUUAUCCAUACUCUAUUAUCCUUCUUGAGAUACAGGACACUCUAGAGUCUCCUCCACCAGAAAACCAAACCAUGAAAAAGGCCUCCAUGAUUGCAAUCUUCAUUACAACAUUCUUCUACCUCUGCUGUGGAUGUUUUGGAUAUGCAGCUUUUGGAAAUGCUACACCAGGAAACCUCUUAACUGGUUUUGGGUUUUAUGAGCCUUACUGGCUUAUUGACUUUGCUAAUGCUUGCAUUAUUCUUCAUUUGGUGGGAGGAUAUCAGAUUUACAGUCAGCCAAUAUAUAGUGCUGUUGAUAGAUGGAGUUCUAGAAAAUUCCCCAAUAGUGGCUUUGUGAAUAACUUCCACAAACUGAAACUGCCUCUAUUGCCUGGUUUUAAGCUAAAUCUUUUCAGGUUCUGUUUUAGAACAGCCUAUGUGAUUUCAACCGUUGGAUUUGCAAUCCUGUUUCCUUACUUCAACCUUGUUCUAGGAGUGUUAGGAGCCAUAAUCUUUUGGCCAUUGGCUAUAUAUUUCCCAGUAGAGAUGCACUUUGUACUGAACAAAGUUGAAGCUUGGACUAGAAAAUGGAUUGUUCUAAGGACAUUUAGCUUUGUUUGCUUUCUUGCAACAAUAGUAGGCCUGGUGGGAUCAAUUGAAGGAAUCAUAAGAGAGAAACUUAGCUGAAAGUUAAAGGUUUAUGGCAUACCACUGAGUAAUGCUUACUUCAUUUGAGUUUGUAGAUUGGUUGCGUAGUAUUUCAUGUAAUUCAGUUUCAUGUUAAUGCCUGGAAGUGAAUAAUAAGGUACUAGUCAUGGAAUUAUAAGUAAUGCUUUGUGAAGAAUACCCUUCAAAAGAGCAAAUUCUAACAAGGCAGUAGUUUGUGUUAUUUGUGCAUAACGAAUUACUAUUGUAAAGGCCUAGAAUUUAAAGUUCAAA